AUGGCAGAGAAAGUUCUCGACUAUAAUGAAAUUCUCAUCCAGAUCUCGGUAAAUCUUACCAAUGCACUGAAUACCUUCGGUCCAGCUUCUCCGCAGUAUCAGGGUAUUCUGCAGAUCCUCAAGCAGUGUCUGCGAGAUAUCGACGAAAAUAAAGAACGCAACCGCCGCAAUCUCGACCCAGAUGCGUUGAGUAUCGCUCUGGAGUUCUUGGAGAUUGGGGAACGGUGUUGA